GGAAUGGAGUUGAAGAAUGGCACUGUGAAGACUGAGUUCUUUCUCUUGGGAUUUAGUGACCAUCCAGAACUUCAGAGGGUUCUUUUUGCUGUGUUUUUUUCAAUCUAUUCUCUUACCCUUGUGGGGAACCUUGGGAUGAUUUUGUUAAUCACAAUCAGUUCCCACUUGCACAUCCCUAUGUACUUUUUCCUCUGCAUAUUGUCCUUCAUAGAUGCAUGCUCCUCUUCUGUCAUUGCCCCCAAAUUACUUGUGGACUUGGUUUCCAAGAAGAAGACCAUUUCUUACAAUGGCUGUGCUGCACAGUUAUAUUUUUUCUGCUCUUUGAUUGACACGGAAUCUUUCCUCUUGGCUGCCAUGGCUUAUGACCGGUACACAGCAAUCUGCAACCCACUGCUUUAUACUGUUGUUAUGUCCAAGAGGAUUUGCUGCCAGCUUGCAGUUGGAGCAUUUUUGGGGGGCACUAUGAGCUCAAUUAUUCACACCACUAAUACCUUCCACCUGUCCUUCUGCUCCAAAGAAAUUAACCAUUUCUUUUGUGAUGUCUCCCCACUCUUCUCUCUGUCAUGCACUGACACUUACACACAUGACAUUGUUCUGGUGGUCUUUGCUAGUUUGGUGGAAGCCAUCUGCCUUCUAACAGUUCUCUCGUAUGUCUGCAUCAUAGCAGCUAUUCUUAAGACAGGUUCUACUGAGGGAAGAAGAAAAGGGUUCUCCACUUGUGCUUCCCACCUGACCGUGGUCACUAUUUACCAUGGUACCCUGAUCUUCAUUUAUUUGCGCCCCAGCACUGAUCAUUCACUGGAUAUGGACAAAGUGACCUCUGUGUUCUAUACAUUGAUCGAACCUAUGUUGAACCCCCUAAUUUACAGUCUAAGAAACAAAGAUGUCAAAAAUGCCUUUAGGAAAGUGAUUAGCCGAAAAUUGCUUUCUUAA